AUGGCUUGUCUACCUUUGAAUGUCUUCAUUCUCUCCCUUUUCGGCAGGGCGUUGGGCCUAGCUUUUGACGGGGCGGUCGGGUUCGGUGCCAUUGCCACUGGUGGUAAUAACGGAGCAACCGUCCACGUCACAAACCUCCUGGACUCUGGCAGUGGAUCAUUCCGCGACGCUGUUAGCCAGUCCAAUCGCAACAUUGUUUUCGAUGUUAGCGGAUACAUACAGCUAAAAUUCGCGGUGUCUCUAUCUAACAGCCUAACAAUUAACGGCCAGUCUGCACCGGGCAAUGGCAUUGGAAUCAUGGGUGGUGAAGUAUCUGCCAGCGAUAAAAGCAACAUCAUUAUACGUAACCUACGUAUGCGUCAAGGCACUUUGGAUACCGACACUGGCAAGAGUGCCUUCAAUAUGGGAGGUGCGUCCAAUGUCAUUCUAGACCAUUGCUCUAUCGAGUACGGCCAAUGGGAUUCUGUUGAUGCUGUGGGUGCCGUCAACAUUACCGUAUCAAAUUCAAUCAUUGCUCUGCCCAUUGGUCAGCAGUUUGGUGCUCAUGUUGAGAUGGGUCCGUCAACCUUUUACCGUAACCUCUGGGUCAGCGCCCACAACCGCCAACCACUCUCAAAGGACGACACUCAAUAUAUUAACAACGUCGUUUACAACUACCAAGCUGGCUACACCUCGGGAAACACUGGAGGAGGCUUCUCGCACGACAUUAUCAACAACUACUUUAUUACGGGCCCAAGCACCACCAGCUCCAAGAACGCCUUCUAUCAGAUGGCGGCCGAUCAGAGUGUCUAUGCUACUGGCAAUUAUCUCGACAGUAAUAAUGAUGGACAACUGAAUGGGUCGCCGGACAAUACUGUUGGCUCAUCGACUGUCCUCAGCAAGCCAUGGGCUUCUACAUCACUCGGCCUUGCCACUAUGUCGGCUGCGGAUGCUGUUACGUAUGUUCUGGCGCAUGCUGGGGCAACUCCACGAGAUGAACUUGAUACCUUUGUCGUAAACGUUGUGAAAUCAUUUGGCACUCAGGGUACCCUGUAUAAAAACCAGGCAAAUACGGGUGUUUCCAACGGCGGCUAUGGUACAAUAUGA